AGAGAGAGAGAGAGAUGUGCGUAGUCAUGACAUAUCUGGCCUUGGUUAACACUGCCUACAUUUCUGAACUGUUUAUGAGAGCGGAAGUUAUCUGCACUAGCACAAAGAACUUGACAAGUUAAGUUUCGUUUCUCCCUGAAGCCUCACCUCAGCCGAAAUGGACGAGAGUCCGUUUUCCCUGAUGAGUCUGGAGGAAGAGCUGACCUGCAGUAUCUGUCUGAGCACCUUUGACAGUCCGGUAACCAUCCCCUGCGGACACAACUUCUGCCAGGACUGCCUCCUCGCCACCUGGAAGGACACCUACAGCUGUCCUCAGUGUCGGACCCACUUCGCCACCAAACCGGAGCUGAAGAAAAACACGGUCCUCAGCACGGUCGUGGAGACCUUCAGAGUCCGGUCGAGCAAGAACGAGGCCGGUCUGUCCGGAGAGGAGGGGGCCAAAGCCGAGAAAGAGGAUGUCAUCCGCUGUGAUACAUGUAUGGAGGCAAAAGCGUCCCAGACCUGCCUCACCUGCAUGGCCUCUUUCUGUGACGAGCACCUGCGGCCGCACCGGGAAAAUCCAAACUUAAGUCUCCACCAGUUGAGUGAGCCUGUCGGUGACCUGAUGGACCGCAUCUGCCCCGACCACCACAAGCUGAUGGAGCUCUACUGCACCCAACACGACCGCCUGAUCUGCAGCCUUUGCCUCCCAGUCCACAAAGGAUGCACCUUCAUAUCCCCUGAGGAGCGGAGGAACCUGAUAGAGUCCGACCUGAGAACCAAGAUUGGGUUGCUGGAUGGGAAGAUCGAGAAGACUGAGACCAAUGUGUUUCAAAUAAACAACAUGCAGAGCAAGCUGAAGGACUCAGCAAUCAAUAGGAAGACAGCAUUGGCAGCUGUGUAUCAGGAGAUGCGGGAUAUGUUGACCCAAGAGGAGCGUGAGGCCCAACAUGAGGUGGACCGUGAGCUGGAGAUUGGUCUGACGAAACAUAGGGACUUCCUGAAGAAGUUCACCGAGAACACUGAGAUUAUGAGAAAAGCCAAAGAUGAUAUCAACGGUCUGCUGAGUCAAUCCCAAACCCUGGUCUUUCUACAGGCUUCGUUUGACUUACCUCGGGUUGUAAAGUUUGAGCCUCACACCCCACGAAUCAACCUGGACUCCAAGAAGGUGGUAGCAACACAGGCCUUUGCUGCUGCCCUGAAGGAACAUCUGAGUGAGAUCUUUAAACAGCCUGUUGAGGCCAGACUACCAAUAGUUAAAACAGAGGAAAAAGCAGUUCCUGUCUCAGGAGAUGCAAGUACUGAACCACAGCCAGAAUCUGAACCGUCACAGCCUCCACAACAGAGAAAACCUCCCAGGUCCCACAGUCCAGGUCGUCCACCCAUCCGGCCAUACUUCCAGCCAGUACCUCGUUUUCCCUUUAUGGGGUCACACCCAGGCUGGAAUCCAACCCAGCAUGGACUGGUCCGGCCACCAGGAUACUAUAUGGUUCCUCCAUUAAUGGCAGGUCAAAGACCAAGACAAGACAAAAAGCCUCCCAAUGCACCAGGUGGAAAGAAGCCAAGUGCGUCUGAUUUCACUAAGAAAGACAAUCCCAGACGCCAACAUUCUUCAGAGAGAUCAACUAGACAGCAUCAACGGCCUAACAAAAAUGAUUAAAUGCAGCAGAUGUGUUUAUCUACAGUCCUUAUACAACAAGAUAGAACGAGGCAUUGUGAGACUUGUGCAUGAGAAAAAUGUGGAGAUUACCAGUCAUAUCAUAGGAAAUGGCACUAUACUAUUGCUUAAUAAAUGCAUACACACAUACACAGAGACAGUCUUUGGUAUUUAUUAUCAUUACUUUUAAUAAUAGUCAUGUUUUUUUAACCUGGAAAUAUUUAAGUGUAAACAAUUACACGAGAGUAGUAAGUAGAAGCAAUUCUGGACUUUCCUGACAGAAAGACACUUAAAGGACCAGUGUGUAGGAUUUAGUGACAUCUAGCCAUGAGGUUGCAGAUUGCAAGAAACUGAAUACCCUUCCCCCUGCCCCUCCCCUUUUAAGCAUGUAUGAGAACCUAAGGUGGCUGCAUAACUCACGAAAAAUGUGAAAGGCCCUCUCUAGAGCCAGUGUUUGGUUUGUCUGCUCUGGGCUACUGUAGAAACAUGGCAGUG